GUGAACAGGUGGACAGUAACAAUAGCCGCUAACAUCAUUCCUACGAGUGGAAUCGGAGACUGCAGAGGGAUCUUCAUCUGUAUGCAAUGUCAUCAUUCCAAAAAGGAAAGCCAAACAGGGAGAGAGCUGAGAGAGCCACAAGAAAAUGGAUUUUACUAUCCUGCGCCUCAUUUUCCUCUUAAUUUCAGCUGGUAUGGUUUUGCCUUCUGAAGAUGAAUCCAAGUUGAUCAAAGACUUAUUCAAAAAGUACAACAAAGUGGUUCGUCCGGUCCAGAAGUUUAAAGAACCAGUGGUGGUGACUGUUGGACUCCAGCUUAUCCAGCUCAUUAAUGUGGAUGAAGUGAGGCAAAUCAUGACCACAAAUGUUCGUCUGAAACAGCAAUGGGUGGAUGUUAAUUUAAAAUGGGACCCAGAAGAUUAUGGAGGAAUAAAGAAGAUUCGUAUACCUUCUAGCGAUAUUUGGCGCCCAGAUAUAGUUCUUUACAACAAUGGGGAUGGUGAUUUUGCGAUCGCUCCAGAAACAAAGGCCCUCUUGGAUUACACAGGAAAAAUUGUAUGGACCCCUCCCGCCAUUUUCAAAAGCUACUGUGAAAUGAUAGUCACCCAUUUCCCGUUCGAUCAACAGAACUGCAGCAUGAAACUUGGCACCUGGAGCUAUGAUGGCACUUUAGUAGUUAUAAACCCAGAAAGUGACCGUCCGGACCUGAACAGCUUUAUGGAGAGUGGGGAAUGGUUAAUGAAGGACUAUCGGUGCUGGAAGCAUUGGGUUUAUUAUGACUGCUGUCCAACCAAACCGUACCUGGACAUCACCUACCACUUCCUCAUGCAACGUCUUCCACUUUACUUCAUAGUUAACGUUAUCAUUCCCUGUCUUCUCUUCUCGUUUCUAACUGGAUUAGUGUUUUAUCUGCCCACAGAUUCAGGAGAGAAAAUGACUCUGAGUGUUUCUGUAUUGCUGUCACUGACUGUGUUUCUUCUGGUCAUCGUUGAGCUGAUCCCUUCAACCUCAAGUGCUGUUCCUUUAAUUGGAAAAUACAUGUUAUUUACCAUGAUGUUUGUUAUUGCAUCAAUUGUGAUUACAGUAAUUGUUAUCAAUACUCAUCAUCGCUCUCCAAGCACUCAUAUCAUGCCUCAGUGGGUGAGAAAAGUUUUCAUAGACACCAUCCCAAAUAUGAUGUUCUUCUCUACAAUGAAACGUCCUUCGCAACAAAAACAAGGCAAGAAGAUUUUCAGAGAAGAUAUUGAUAUAUCUGAUAUUUCCGGAAAGCUAGGGCCGGCGGCAGUGACUUAUCAGUCUCCAAUAUUAAAGAGCCCAGAUGUGAAGAGUGCAAUAGAUGGAGUCAAAUAUAUUGCGGAGACUAUGAAUUCAGACCAGGAAUCAAAUAAGGGUGCUGAAGAAUGGAAGUUUGCAGCAAUGGUGUUAGACCACAUUCUCCUCGCCGUCUUCAUGCUCGUCUGUAUAAUUGGAACGGUGGCUGUGUUUGCUGGCCGACUCAUUGAGUUACACAUGCAAGGCUAAAGCGCAACGUCUCUUUUCUCUGAGAAGCAUUGUUUUUACAUGAAAACAACGAUUAGGCUUCUACAUCAGCCCCAAUAAUCAAUACCAUCUGAUCUAAAUUGAAAAAAAAGUGUGUGGAUGGGGAAAAAUGAGUCAAAUCAAUGACUGGAGACUGUUUCAAUAAGAAAAUGCUGAGAAUGUCAAAACCUAGAAUAGCGUGGUGGCAGAGACUCGUAUCAUGUAAAGACUCUCACGCAUGAUGGAUGGGCAUCUACUUCAAUCUAUGCUGAUUAUGAUUUUCACUGUUUGGUGUACAGUUUAUAAUACAUGUUCUAGUUGUAACUUUUAAUAAAAAAAGAAUGUUUUCAA